CGGGUCCCGCUGUCCAUGUCCCCCCGGGCCGCCCCGCCGCGGUUUGGGCCGCUGCAGUUGGCGCUGGCGGCGGCGGGGACGGCGGCGGCGGCGCUGGAUCUGUUCAUGGACGGGUGGGUGGCGGCGGAGUACGUGCGGCGCGGGCAGCCGGGCUGGGCCGCGCUGUCGCUGUCGCUGCUCGCCGCUGCCUCGGCCGCCGCCCAGGCCUGCAGCUGGCUCUGGCUGCGCUCCGACCCGCCCGCGCUGCGCCCCGCCGUGCCCACCGCGCUGCUCGCCGCCUUGCACCUCCUGCAGCUCGGCUUUCUCUUCAGGUGCCUCCACGCUCUGAAGGUGGGCUGGAAGGUGUGCUGGGCGAAGGCAGAGGAGGAGGAGGAGCAGAGACACAUGGCCUUCCUUUCCCACGACAUCAGCAUGCUGCGGCUCUUCGAGACCUUCCUCGAGAACACCCCGCAGCUCACCCUGCUCCUCUACAUUAUCCUUCAGACAAACAAGGCCGAGAUCUCCCAGGGCCUGGGGAUUGGCACUGCGCUCCUGUGUGUGUCCUGGUCUCUGCUGGACUACCACCAGUCCCUGCGCUCCUUCUUGCAGGACAAGUACGAGCUGAGCCGGGGCUCCUCCAUCAUCUACUUCCUGUGGAACCUCUUCCUCAUCUGUCCCCGCAUCCUGGCAGUCGCCCUCUUUGCCCUGCUCUGGCCCUACGGUGUGGCUGUCCACUUCCCACUCGUGUGGCUGGCCAUGUUCCUCUGGGUCAGCCUGCAGGGCACAAACUUCAUGGAAUCACCUGGCCCUGAGCAGCUUUACCGGGCCAUGGUGGCUGUGAUCCUCUACUUCAGCUGGUUCAACGUGGCGCAGGGGAGGACGCUGCACCGCAGCAUCAUCUACCACAGCUUCAUCCUGGUAGACAGCACACUGCUGGCCCUCUCUUGGCUCUGGGGCCAGGCCCCCUCUGAGGACCACUGGUACCUCCUCCCAGUGGUCUCUGCCGCCCUGCCCUGCUACCUGCUGGGACUGGGGCUGAGGGUCACCUACUACAAGUGGCUGCACCCCAACAGGCAGGUGCAGCAGGAGGAUGGCUAUGACGAGGUAGAUACCAAUGAAGGGAGUGAUGGGCUGGAGUUUCACUCGUUCUCUCAGGCGGACCUUGUGAACAGGCGGAUGCAGUGCCUGGCCCAGAUCCAGUUCCCUGUCUCCCAGCUGGCACGGCAGCGCUUCCUGAAUGGGGCUGCUGCCCUUGAGUCUGCUGCCUGAGGGCAACUCCUCCAAAGGGACAUGCAGGGGAGGUCUAUUUGUUAGUUGUGGUCCUGGUUCUGCUUCCCCAGGCUGUUGUUUUGGGCAGCUGGAGAGACCUGGCAGGAAUGAGGGAUGAUGUGGAAAUGCCCAAGGAGUCCCACGGCACACAGCAUGGCUCCCAUGGCUGCACCCUCAAGGAAAGCCACGGUGUUGUGGCAGGUCCAGCACAUUGUGGCAUGUGGCAGGUCCAGCAUGGGUGCGGUGCUGUGUCAGCUUUCCUUGUUAUUUAUUAUUAGCUUGUUCAAAAGAAAAACCCCAAGAGCACUGGUUUGUUCUCUCUGUGCCUCUCCUGUGCCUGCUGCUGCCGUUGCUGCGCAGGGAUGUGGGAGCUCGUUUCCUCCAUGGCUAUGGCUAUCUGACCUUUGUUUCCAGACAGAGUUUUCUUCCUGUGUGUGUUAGUUUUGGUAUCAAGGUCAAAGCUUACCUGUUAUCACCAUGUUCGGGGAGGGAUGGGAAGGAGGCCUGUGCUGACAGAGUGGCUGCAGGGUGGCUUGGUGCUUCUGGCUUAUUAUGGACACCUCAUGCUCCCUUGGCUGCCAUUCCCACCACCACACCCUGGGCAGUGCUCCUAAUGCCAUAGCCAGGCUGCAGUUGGCCAUGGGCAGUUCUCAGCCGUAGGUGGCUGUGCAUGUGGUCAGUUGUGAGGCUGUGCUGGCACCUGGGCACAGACACCCACCCAGCUCCCAGGCAGGGCAGUCCUGAAAUUGGUGCCAAAACCGAAGCAGGCCCCAGAGCAGCCUCUGCCUCUUUUGCUGUUGCCCAGUUGGCAGCUGUGGCAUGUCCUGGUUGCCCAAAGCAUUGACUCCUGGCCCCUUCCCCUUGCCUCCAUCACUCCCCCCCCAGCAGGACCCAGCCUAGGAGGGGAACCCCAUCCCAGGGAAGGCAGCAGGAUGCAGCUGGAGGAGCAGCUGUGAAACAGAGUUCAGCUGCUCCUCCAAUCAGCCCGUGGCCAAGGCCAGCAGCUCUGCAGCACAGGCUGGGAGGAGGGGGGUUUGAUGGCCUUGUGCAAAAGAAAUGGGAAGGGAAGGUUUGUUCAGGGAGCACUGUUUGCCUGCCCUGGGCACCUCAGCAGAGCCCAGGAACCAGUCCCUGCCCCACUGGCUCCCCAGGACUCCCCAGAGGCUGCAUUGUAACCUGCCAGUGCCACCAAACCUGGCCCAGGCUGUCACAGGGGCAGGGACUGACACAGGGGGCAGAAAACAAGCUGAAGCAGUCACUACAGAAAAUAAAGACUUUAUUAUUUUUUUU